UGAUUUUGCAAUACCAGAUAUAACACGUGGCCUUCAAUUAGAGGUCAACGUUGUUUAAUUAAACCUUUCCAAUUUUUAAUAACAAAUUAAUUAAAAAAAUCCGACAGAUACAUGGAAAAAGGCACGGAUGAGCGAUUUUGUAACGACGAUGGUAUAAAUGAGUUAAACUAUUGACGAGUGAUAUAAAUGGGUCAUUUUUUAUAAUUCGAUGGCAUAUUUGAGCCUUUUCAAAAAUUAAAAAGACUGAAGCAUUUGACUGGCAUUAUUGUUUAGUGGCAGCUUAAACGAGGUUUCUUUUGUCAGCUUCAGAAGGAGACCUACGUGAUGUACAUGCCUGCCGCCCUGUUUCAACUCGAAAGUAAAAGGGCACAUGCAAAUGGCUUUUUCUCUGCUUAAAGUUGGCCAAAUUGACUUGCUGUAAGAAAGCCUUCGUUUGGUCAGAGCAAAAGCUUGGCCUUGUACCUAGUCAGCUUUUUUCCUACUACUAUUCCCUUUGGAAUUCUAUCUGACAUUCCCUUACCCAACUCACACGAGUGAAAAUGUUAUUUUCCCGCCAAAAUAUCCUCACGCUUCCAAAGUCCCAUUUAUUUACAAGAUUCUCUUGUUUCUAAACACCCAUUUCUGCACACAGAGAGAGAGAGAGCGAGAGAGAAUGAAGGGUAACUCAAAAGUUGUAACGGCAGCAGCAUUAGUAAUGGUGGUGAGCCUUGCUAUAGUUCUAGGCCUUGUGUUGGUUCUAGUUGCUGAGCUCUACUGCUCACUCUUAAUUCGUCGACGACGACAUCUCCGAAAGACACCUCUAAGUUCCACCACCUCAGCCACUGUGGCCCAAAGCCCAACAGAACAACCCCAGCAACAACAAAACCAAUCAACUGCUCCAAGUACUCUCAGUGACUUCUAUGCACAGGGGGUUCUUCAUGCUCCUAGAAACUUUCUCUUCCCUGCAGUUACUCGCACCGACAAGUUGGACCUUGAAAUGCAAAGCUCUUCGCAAGUCUCCUCCAUUCAUUAUGAAGUUGGGCUUAUAUUUUCUUCACCACAAUCCCAUUCCUUUAUUUCGAUUCCAUCCCCUAAACUAGUCCAUCGAUUUCUACUUCAAUGCAGUGGCGGAUCCAGAAUUUUGAUUAUACACUCCGUGACUGAGUUUAAUGGGUGCUGGAGCACCCAAAAUUUCUACAUGGGUCCGCCCCUGCUUCAAUGCAGUACUAGUAGUGACAUUGAAGGUCAUGGUGGUGCUACAAAGAAGCAAUUAGUAUACAUAUCCAAUCCCAUUUACGACAACGAAGCCUGCAGGCCUAGCAGAGGUGAUACCCCGUUUGAAACGCCUGAUUCAUCACCUUCAUGUCUCGAAACAAUUCCUUUUCCAGGGAAGAUGACAAUGGCAGUGGCCAAUCAUCAUCGUCAAGUCCCUCUUCAUUCCCAUUAACUCCAAUGAAGAAACUUCCAGCUGAGGCAUGUUCAGUUUCACUGAGAGAUGCUAGGUCACUCGGCACUUCCGGAAGUUCCAAUAGUAACAACUCUUUGUUAUCCUCAGGAUCUCCCUGCACUUCUCCAUCAUGGUGAAUUUCAACUUCUUUAACUCGUUUAGG